UUUGGACAAGGUAUUAAGGAGAACGCGGGCUUGGUUUGCGUCGACGCGCGGUGUGUGAAGAACGAAAACUAGAUGCCAAGCAUUGUCGGAUUUUGCGUAAAAAACUCUUAAAGAAAAAGAAAAGAAAUAGAAAUAGAAAGCACACGAAAAGACGAAAUAAGAGAGCAAACCCUUCUGUUUCUGUUGUUGUGUAUGCCAACAAAAAUACUACCAGCGCUGCUGCUUUGAAAAGCUCGACGGGAGAAGAAGCUGUUUCAAGAUCGUUUAGUAAUUUAGUUUUGUCUGGAAUUCGGUCGUCACAGUGCAACGAAAAUGAGUCAGAACUAGACGAUCGUCAGAUCAUAGCUAUCUUGAUGUAUUACGGAGUCAUUUUAAUGUUUUAUCGGUCGAGCGAAAAAUUUUGCAAGAACCCCAUUCCCCAUUGGGUUCAGACGAAGCAGGCACAAGGAAUGAAGGCAUUCAUAUUCACUUAACAUCACUCCCAGGAGAUCACACACAUCGGAAUCCAGAACAACUCUUUGACGACGUCGUCCGAACUUGGUGCGAGGUUGGUCCGAGCUUGUGGCUAGAACGAGAAGAAAAACCACGUGCCCGAAACAUGGUUUUUCAUAUUUUACCCAUCCAGCUAAUCACUGGUGGGGAUUUUAAGGAGCGAGGCACAUUUUCUGAGCAGUGGCAACACCAGUGCAAUGGCGGUGCUGAACUUGUGUUUCUCCACGACUUGAAAUUGGUCACCAUUCCUUUUUACAACUCACACGGGGAACUUCAGAAAAUCGAAUUUCGUUACGAUCAAAUUCACGAGUUUGUCAUACUAAGCUUUCCACAAGACCAAAAAGAUUACGCUGACAUUUUCUUCAUUUUGCGUCAUGUACCGUCUUUAAGUGCUGCGAAAAGUCGUGUUCAUGGGGAUGCGGAAGAAGCUGCUGACUGUUCGUUUAGUGAGUACUAUCUUCGCGGGUAUUCGGAGGACGAAAACGAAACAGAUGAUGAAAAUCGCGUGGAAACUAGAAAUGAAGACGCCGCGCAACCUGGUGCGAGCUCAAAUGAAAGUUCUGGCGAAGAGAACGAGGAAGGCGAAUCAUUGUGGACGCCAAGGGACUUUGGUGAACAAUCUGAUGAAAGAAACGAUGCAAUCACCAUCAACCCCCAGCUUGUUUCAAUAUACGAUCAAUCUAGAUCUGGUGAAAUAUUCAAUCCAUCAAAUGACGUUGGCAACUUAUCAGAUGACAGCGACAGUUCUAGUGACUCAGAAUCUGAUGACAACUCCACAUCCCUGAUUGCCCAGGAGACUAGGGCGAUAGAUGACUUAGUUUGGAUAAAGGCUUGGUCGCGUCGUACUGAAAUCGAAGAUGGCAAACCGUUUGGCGGUUUUCUAGGUCUGAGAGUGAGACUGCCCUAUACAGCAGACCUCUACGAUGCAUUGGAAGCACUCAAGAGUUUUGGUAAAAGAUUUUACUAUGCCCCAAUAACUAUUGAGAAUCAAGUCAAUGAAACACAGCGUAUAUCCCGCUUUCCGCCCGAAGUUCGGUAUGCCCACGAAUGCCUGAUCGGACUCCAUCCAAACUUAAGAUGUCGUAUGUCAGCAUCGUUUUACGAUCAAUUAUGGCGGAUGGCUUAUCAUAUGAAUGAAGAAAGUUGUAUCAAUGCUCUUUACCAAAUCUCGGCGAGUACAACACACAACUAUUUUACCGACCCAGGAUACGAAAUUGGAACGUUACUCGCAAGUGGACAAAACGUGAGGCGUAUGUGUAUCACCCGAACCUCUGUUCCUGCGCACUGCGCGCUUGUGAAAAGACUGGUACUUACUCCGACAAGGGUUAUUCCAUUUCCGGCGGAGGUAAUGGAGCUAAAUCGUGUUCUACGAAAUUACGAUGAGGAAAAUUUCAUCUCUGUGUGUAUUCGCGAAGAAGACUAUUCAAAACUCCGGGGACAUAUGGCGUCACUGGAGGUGGUAUUAGAGGGUAUGAAAAGAUACAUGCUCCAAGGGUUGCCUGUUGGUGGAUUUACCUAUCAAUACGUUGGUUGUUCCAAUAGUCAAAUGCGUAGCCAUGGGUGUUGGUUUGUUAAACCCUCUUGGAGAGGGGAUGCUGAGGAUAUUCGACAGUGGAUGGGGGAUCUUAGUAUGAUAAGAUGUGUUGCAACGUAUAUGUCUCGUCUUGGUCAGUGUUUCUCCACUUCACUCGAUACUGUAGGCAUAACACUGGAGGAGGGCAGCAGGUAUAGAGAGAUUGAAGAUGUUCAACGAGAUGGAUAUUGCUUUUCUGAUGGUAUUGGCACGAUAUCUUUUGCAUUAGCACGAGAGGUUUGCCUGAAGGUGGGGAAACCAGCGUCUAGAUCUGCGCUUCAAAUUCGCUUUGCAGGUUGCAAAGGGGUUCUGUGUGUCGACCCACUUUUGCGCGAUCGUCAGAUUUGCGUGCGACCGAGCAUGAAAAAAUUCGAAUCACCGCACAGAAGACUGGAACUACUGCAAACAUCUCGUCCCCAGGCCGUAUAUCUAAACCAGCAGACCAUAAUGCUGCUGUCAAAUCUUGGAGUACCUGAUGAAAUAUUCUUGCAUCUGCAAAAGCGAAUGCUGGAUUCAUUGGCAGCAAUGAUGUUGGAUGAACAGGAGGCUUUACAGCGCAUGUCUAACAUAAUUCGUACCGGAAUUGAUUAUAAAAGUCUCAGCGACAAUGGUGUAUCCUUGACUAGCGAGCCUUACUUCAAGUCUCUUAUGUGUGCGCUGUACAAGGAACGCAUACAUCGACUGCUCACGAAAAGUAGGAUUUUACUUCCGGUCACAGAAGCGAGGCUUAUGAUGGGCGUCAUGGAUGAAACAGGUUUGCUUCAGAGUGGUCAGGUUUUCGUGCGGUGUUCUUAUAUGACGUCAGAAGGAAACGAUGAUGAACCUUUGGUCAGUGAUCAGCGGUUUACUGUCACGCACUCCGUCGUCGUCACUCGCAAUCCUUGCUUACAUCCGGGAGAUGUGCGCUAUCUCGAGGCUGUUGAUGUCCCUGAAUUACAUCAUCUGGUUGAUUGUAUUGUGUUUCCAAAGAAUGGCCCUAGACCUCAUCCGAAUGAAAUGGCAGGAGGUGAUCUUGAUGGUGAUCUCUAUUUUGUCACCUGGAGUGAUGAUUUUAAACCCAGACGAGACACUCACGAUCCAAUGAACUAUCCCGCUCUUAGAAAGAAAGAGAAAAAUGGCCCUAUCACAGUUGAAGAUAUGGUUGAGUUUUAUGCCGAGUAUAUACAAUGUGAUACUUUGGGUAUUAUUGACAAUGCACACAAAGCACAUGCUGAUAUUGAAGAACGCGGUGUGGAAUCGACGAAAUGUCUCGAGCUGGCUGAAUUGCACUCGUUGGCAGUCGAUGCGCCAAAAACAGGAGUAUGGCCGUCUGCAAGUGGAUAUGUUACCAAAAAAAAUCCUGAUUUCAUGAUGGUCCCUUCUAAGCCGUCUUAUGUUUCCCACAAAGUUCUCGGACGUCUUUUCCACGAAGUUCGAGAUUUCGAAGAUAUUAUGAACCGAGAGUUUCCCACUUCCGCUGUGCGUCUGGACUCCAGACUCGUCUUUCCUGGUUACGAGCAAUAUCUUCAGUCAGCAGCAGCUAGCUAUGCUGAAUAUUCAUCGCAACUACAAACGCUACUGGCAUUGUACGGGAUAAAAAGUGAAGGAGAGAUGUUGAGUGGUUGUUUCCAUAAGUUGAGAGGCGAUUACGGUCGGGAGCGGACUCAGAUUGCUGUUGUUGUUCGAAAACUGAUUCAACAAUUAAGAGCAGAGUUUCGGGCAUCGUUUUUCAGAGAGUUUCACGUCAGUGGAGAUAGACUACUCCCCCGACAGGUUACAGACGCUAUGAGACAGAAAGCGUCAGCCUGGUAUCAUUAUUCUUACAAACCUGUCGGAGAGCAACGACCUGGUUCUGGAAGCAAUGAGAGGCCACAAGUUCGAUUUCUCAGUUUCCCAUGGGUUGUCGACGAUGUUCUUAUUACACUACUAUCAAGUAGCAUAACGUCUGACGUCAGCCUUGGACCAGUCUCCUCCUCUGUUACCCACGAUAUUUCCCGCAGCAUCCACGAUAUAUUCUCAAGAUUCGCGCACGACCUCCUGCAUGGUUACGAAGGCCGAUUGGAGCUAGUGAAUGUCGUCGCACGCGUGGUCUCCACGCAGUGUCCCCAUCAAAGUGUUGUGAUGUUUGGCUCCUCCGCUAAUUUUCUCUUUCGUCCAAAUUCUGACAUUGAUUUAUGUGUCGUCUCCUCUGAUGCGAAUCCGGGCAGAGAUUUUCAAAUCCAAACCUUACAGAGACUGGAGUCAAUACUAAGAAGAUCGUUUGGCGGGGUAAAGCUCAUUAAGGAUGCAAAAGUCCCUGUAAUUCGACUCGGUAGACUUCGAAGCCCUCGAGGUAGCAUGAGCCGCUUAAAAUUAUCGUGUGAUAUUUCAGCUGAUCGAAAUGGUUUUAUAAAGACAGCGGUUCUAGUGUCCUAUUUCAAGACAUAUCCAUGGUUACUACCGCUGAUUCGCUUUGUCAUAAUGUGGGCUGGUAAAACUGGUCUGACGGGGAAACUGGAUGGCGUUCGGAUUAAUACCAAUGUGUUGAUCUUUAUGAUGUUAUCGUUUUGCAUUGAAAACGGUUAUAUUUCUUCUUGCUGUGUCCAGGACAUUGUUCAACAUUAUCGAGAUAUCGGAAAUUGUCGAAAUGAAAGUUCUCAAUCUCUCCGUCGUAUUAUCGAUCGCAUUCGUCUACAGGAAGAAAGACGAAACACAAGUGGUGCAGCAAGAGGACUGGAUGGGAGUGAAUGUAUUGGUGACAUUUUGCUUAAGUUCUUCAAAAGUCGUCACGAGAUUCUUGGUGGAUUGAUUUCGGAAAACUUUCGUGCUCUACUCGUUGCGACGUCAUUUUCCGAUUUGCUGACUCCCGAAGACGUACAAUCAUUGAGUGAACAAAUGCAAAAAGCAUAUCACGUGCUUGCUAUCCAUGGCAACGGCGACGCCCUUUUAGACAUUAGCUCGGCCCAGGUUCAAAGAACGUUUACAUUGUCUAGUGUCCAGUCUUUAGUGAUCCAAGCAGAUGGUUCGCUACGAACUCACUCUCGAGAGUUCUCCAGGAAAAGUGGUGCUUUCGUAGAAAUUCGCCCGCAGCUUCCUGGAUCUGGUCAGAAUCUAAUUGUGGAAGCUCGUGGCACAAUCGGAACUAUUCGUGUCCUGGAACGAGUGCUCGGCUCGGACGAGAACGAAUGUCUCCGAAAUAAAGUGUCUACCAUGUCAAAAUGCUUCGUACGAGGAGCAUCACUGAUCACGUUUGAAAAUUGUCAUGGCAACACUGAUCACGUUACGCUUGUGCCAUAUCACGGCAAUCACCAUCAAACCCACGACCAGCGAAUUCGCCACGUACCAUUGCUCGAAAACGCGACGCAACCAGUUGACGAUCUUCAAGAGAGUCACGCUUUUAAGAGUUUCUGUACAAAAUUUCUCGACCAAAUAAAGGUUGUCCUUCGAGAUUACGAACAAGUAAUCCAUGGCAAGCUUGAAUUUGUCGUCCACUUUGGAAGGAUAUACGCGUUUGACAUCCCACAGGCUUCCUAUGAAGACAGCGAUCCAAUAACGAUCAAGGACUUUCAGUACUCCGCUGUGAAAGGACAGGACACGAGAAGGCAGGAGAUUAAACGACCACGAUUCCGUAGACCUGGUGGUAACGCGGGACGAGUAAAACCAAAACAUGAGCGAAAACACAAAACAAAAGACGCAAAACGAGAAGUCGACAAGUCACCAAAUCACUCUCUGUUUACUGUAGUAAGUGAUAAGGCUAUCAAAGACCUUGAGGCAUAUCUCAGACGUAAGGGAUAUGCAGAACAGCGUCAACUUUCCAAAAAAACCUAUACUGCCACAGUUCGUGUUGGGACUAAAGAUAUUUAUGUCAUUUACGACGAGAGGCUUAAUCCAGUUAUGCUGAAACUCCCUCGUUUGAGAUGGUUUCUCGCCGACAUUAAACGUGCGUGGAUAGAACGCGAGAACUCGCCUGGAACAUCCAAUCUCGAUGGACAAGAAUGUGAUGUCAGAUUUAUUUUGGGAACUUCACGUGAGUUCCCAGUGAAUGAAAUUGGUGGAGAUGAGUAUGGGAAUCUUGUGAAUGUUUUAGCGCUAAAUUCUACAUCUAAUCCUUACCCGUUUGUUAUCGAGAACAAAUUACAGAAGAAGUUGCAGUUAGUUCGAUAUAAAGAGACAAGGGUAUACAGUAAGGCUGGCCAUACUGCACAGAUUUGCCUCAGCAAAGUAGAAGAGUUUUCGAGGUUGAGACAACAAACUGGGCAGUUCAGAAAGAAAUUUGUACGACAGGAACUCGUCGUCAAGCAUCAAUUGCCUGCAAAUCUCGAAAACCAACACGACGUUGAGGGAUUUUUGCCCAAGGUAUGGAAGAGUGCCUUCAGAUUAGCGAAAAAAGCGUCGGUAUAACUGUUCUCUCGACUGUUGUUAAACUAUAUCAGUCUAUCAUUAUCAAAGCACUUUAUUCUCCAGUGAUUAACACUUUAUUCUCCGCCAUCGCCGACCGAAGAGGAUCACGUUUUAAAGCCUGGUUUCCAUAGAUCGGAAUUUACUGCGAUACACUGUCGGUGACUAAUGAUAAUUUGAGAAUUUUUUUUUAAACAAAGCAUAUUAUGUGUCGUUGACUACCGACAAUAGACAUCGACGAUCAAUUACGACAUUAAAACCAGGCUUUAGUUUUGAAGCUAUAAGCUAUAUUUGAAGUUUUUCGGAGUUUGUUUCAUUGGUGUUCAAACAGCCGAAUUCGUAGUUCGUACUAGGGAAGGUAAACUCAUCUUCAGGCCCACUUGCAAUUUUUGUUGCGAUCCUAUGUGCGAUUUUCAUCUUUUGAUAGAUGUGAACGAAUUAAUUAAUUAUACCAUAGACAAUCCAAUUAUACCAUAGACAAGUUAUACCAUAGACAAUCUAGUUAUACCAUAGACAAGACAAUUAGUUAUACCAUAGACAAUCUAUGGUUAUACGGAUGUUCAAAGAAGAGCUCGUGCACAGUAGAGCUUUCGUAACCGUAACUACUCGUUCACAUCUAUCAAAAGAAGAAAAUCGCAAGUGUAAACAGGCCUUUAGAAGGUAAAACUGUAAAAAAUAGGUAUGCAAUGCAUACAUGUGGGUAGCCUCCAAAGCAUUGGCAAAGAUUUUUUUGUUCAAUGUCAAAUGAUAGGCCGCAAUAAUGGCGGGGAAAUCAACUGCAUGACGCUCAGUUUUACGUUCUAAUGCCAUACGCAAAGGCAAAAAUGGGCUAGUUUGCUAGUUGGAUACAGUUAUAACAAAGUAGACAUAAGAAUAAUCAAUGAAAUACCAUUUCUGCGAUAUUAAUUUAUCUGAAAGUUUAGGCCAGAUUACACC